AUGCAAAAAUUACUUCUUUUAACUAUUUUGGCUUUAACAGCUUCAACAAUUUACUGUGGCAGUGGCAGCGGUUCUUCUGAAUCUAGUGAAGCAAAGGAUUUAAAGAAAAAGAAAGAAUGUGCUGGAGAUGUUGUUGAUGAAACUGGAACUAGUGAUAAACCACUUUUAAUUGAAGCUUUAUUCAAUGUUUCUAUUACUUUAACUGGACAAGACAAAAUUAUCUUUGAUCAAUUUGUUAUUGAACUUGAAGCUUUCUUUGCUACUGAAAAUUAUACAUCACUUGAAAUUGUUAUGUAUUCUUCUUUCAAAAUAAAACAAUUCUUCAUCAAAUAUCCAGUAUUUUAUGAAAAAUGUAAAUACAUGUACAUUGGAUCAUGGGGAACAUUCUACGAUUUAUUCCAAGUUGGAGUUUAUCUUUCUGCUGAUAAAUUCAAUGGAUGUUUAAUUGUAAAUCAAUUUGGUAAAUUUGAUCUUAUUGAAGCAUUCUUACAAUUCAAAUUAAAAUGUCCAAAUCCAGCAGCUUUUGAUGUUUAUAUCACAGAUCUUACCCUUAUUCUUGAAUCAACUGUAUAUUCUGAAUCUGAAAAAUAUGCUCUUAUUUAUGAAAUGAUUCUUAAAAUAUCUGUUGAAUUCCCAAACUUAAAAGAAGAAUUCUUUAAUCUUGAAAUUGGAAGUUUUGGAUCUAUUUACAUGCUUCAAGAAAUUUCUGUUCAAUAUUACAGAAUGAAAGAAAUUAAAAAACUUUUUAAAGGAAAACCAAAAUGUGAAUUUGUUUCUGCUCUUUACACAUGCUUAACUGAUUCAAAAUACCAACUUUCUAAUUCUAACAAAGGAUUUUUAAAAAUUCUUUUUGAUAGAUUUACAGUUAUCAUUGCUAAUGAUACUCUUACAUAUGCUGAACAAAUCAAAGCUAUUUCUUAUCAAUAUCGUCAAUUUGUCAAAACAUAUUAUUAUUUGGAAGAAACUUUCUUAUCAUUUGAAAUUUCUGCUGAAUUUGGAACAUUCGGUGAUUUCCUUGCUAUGUUUGCUUUUGGUGAAUCACAAGAAUGCUGGCCAGAAGAUUUCCUUACUCUUCCAGAAUUAACAACUGAAGUUUCUACAACUGAAGCUGCCACAACUGAAGCUCCAACAACAACUGCAUUGACUGGUGACUGUUCCACUGCUUCAAGUGCUGUUCUCCAAGUUGUUAAUGGUCAAACCAUCCUUUACACUGCUGCUAUGGAUUCAUGGUCAACAUGGGCUGCCAUUGAAAAAGCCAACUGGAAAACAUUCUGUACUAAGAUAUACACAAACUAUGUUAUAUCUACAACAAUGACUGAAUCACAAAAAGUUACAGCCAUAAUUACAGAUAUUAAUGCAUAUGUUGCAUUCUACUACUACAGAGAAGAACAUAUUCAUUCAAUCAAACUUGGAGUAUGGGGAACUGUUGGAGAAUUGUGUUCAUGUUAA